CGCAUGCGGAAGCAGGAGGUGCGGGUGGGCGGGGAGGCCGGGCCCGGCUCCCCCGCCGAACAGGUGAAAGCCCUCAUGGACCUGCUGGCAGGGAAGGGCAGUCAGGGGACCCAGGCCCUGCCGACGCCCGACAGCACGCCAGAUGCUCCCCCAGAGCCCCCCGGCAAUGACUCAAGGACCCAGCGGCACCAGGAAUUCCUACUGAGCCGGCUGGGGGGCGGCCCUGAGCAGGGUGAGCCCCCAGCCAGGCUGGCCAGCCUCCUGCUGGUGGACGGCCUGACAGACCUGCAGCUGCAGGAACACGACUUCACGCAGGUGGAGGCCACGCGUGGGGCCGGGCGCUCUGCCAAGCCCAUCGCCCUGGAUGGGCUCUUCCUGCCCCUCUCCCGGGUGUCAGUCCCACCCCGCGUCUCCAUCACUCUCGGGGUGGCUGGCGUGGGCAAGACCACCCUGGUGAGGCACUUUGUCCGUCUCUGGGCCCGAGGGCAGCUCGCCAAGGACUUCUCGCUGGUGCUGCCAAUGACCUUCCGUGAGCUCAACACUCAGGAGAAGCUGUCAGCCGACAGGCUCGUGCGCUUGGCCUACCCUCACGUCGGGGAGCCCAGCCUGGCCACAGCGGCCCCAGCCCGGGCCCUCCUAAUUCUGGACGGCUUGGAUGAGUGUAAGACGCCGUUGGAUUUCUCCAACAGCGCGGCCUGCACAGACCCUAAGAAGGAGAUCCCGAUGGACAGCCUCGUCACCAACAUCAUCCGAGGCAAUCUCUUCCCAGGAGUUUCCGUCUGGGUCACCUCCCGUCCCAGCGCAGCCAGCCAGGUCCCAGGGGGCCUGGUGGACCGGAUGACGGAGAUCCGGGGCUUCAACGAGGAGGAGAUGCAGGCAUGCUUGGGCCAGCAAUUCCCGGAGGACCAGAGCCUCACGGGCUGGGUCCUGGCCCAGGUGCAGGCCAACAGGGCUCUGUACCUCAUGUGCACCAUCCCCGCCUUCUGCCUGCUUGUGGGGUCGGCACUGGCCCACCUGUGCCGCCAGCGGCAGGGUCCCGCGGGUGCUGAGCUGUCGUCCCCAAGGACCCUGAGUGAGAUUUACGCCUGGUACUUCAGGAUGGCACUGGGCAGGGAGGGGAACGACAAGGGCAAGGUGAGCCAACGCAUCGAGCCGGUGGCGCACAGAGGCCGCAGGGUGCUGGGGACGCUGGGCCGGCUGGCCUUCCACGGGCUGGUCAGGAAGAAGUACGUCUUUUAUGAACAGGACCUGAAGGCUUUCGGGGUGGACCUGGCCCUGCUGCAAAGUGCCCUGUGUGGCCAGUUCCUACAGCAGGGGGAGACGCUGGGCUCUCCGGCCACCUACUGCUUCUCCCACCUGUCCCUGCAGGAGUUUGUGGCAGCCACCUAUUACUACGGUGCAUCCAAGAGGGCCAUCUUUGACCUCUUCACGGAGAGCGGUGUGUCCUGGCCCCGGCUGGGCUUCCUCACACACUUCCGGGGCGCGGUGCAGCGGGCCAUGCAGGCCGAGGAUGGCCGGCUGGACGUGUUCCUGCGCUUCCUCUCGGGGCUCCUGUCCCCCAGGGUCAACGCCCUGCUGGCGGGCUCCCUGCUGGCCCCGGGUGAGCACCAGGGCUACCGGGCGCAGGCGGCAGGGCUCCUGCAGGGAUGCCUGGCCCCGGAGGGUGCUGUCAGCGCCCGGGCCGUCAACAUCCUACGUUGCCUUCACGAGCUGCAGCACACGGAGCUGGCCCGCAGCGUGGAGGAGGCCAUGGAGCACGGGGGCCUGGCUGGGCUGACCAGCCCUGCGCACCGUGCCACCCUGGCCUACCUGCUGCAGGUGUCGGAUGCCUGUGUCCAGGAGGCCAACCUGUCCCUGUCCCUCAGCCAGGCCGUCCUCCAGAGCCUGCUACCCCAGCUGCUAUACUGCCAGAGCCUCAGGCUGGACACCAAUCAGUUCCAGGACCCUGUGAUGGAAUUGCUGGGCAGUGUGCUGAGCGGAAAGGACUGUCGCAUUCAGAAGAUCAGCUUGGCUGAGAACCAGAUUAGAAACAAAGGGGCCAAAGCUCUGGCCAGAUCCCUUCUGGUCAACAGAAGUCUGACUGCUCUGGACCUCCGCAGUAACUGCAUUGGGCCUCAAGGUGCCAAGGCCUUGGCAGAUGCUCUGAAGAUUAACAGGACUCUGACUUCCCUGAGCCUGCAGAACAACACAAUCAAGGACGAUGGUGCCGGGUCCAUAGCUGAGGCCUUGGCUGCCAACCGGACCCUCUGCGUGCUGCACCUGCAGAAGAACACCAUUGGGCCUAUGGGAGCUCAGAAGAUGGCAGAUGCCCUGAAGCAGAACAGGAGGCUGAAGGAGCUCAUGUUCUCCAGCAACAGCAUCAGUGACAGAGGCGCCAAGGCCCUGGCUGAGGCCCUAAAGGUGAAUCAGGGCCUGGAGAGCCUCGGCCUGCAGAGCAAUUCCAUCAGUGACGCAGGGGUGGCAGCGCUGAUGGGGGCUCUCUGCACCAACCGGACCCUCCUCAGCCUCAACCUCCGAGAAAACUCCGUCAGUCCUGAAGGAGCCCCAGCUCUCGCCCGAGCCCUCUGCACCAACAGCACCCUGAAGCACCUGGAUCUGACAGCCAACCUCCUCCACGACCAGGGCGCCCAGGCCAUCGCCGGGGCCAUGAGAGAAAACCGGGCCCUCACAUCUCUUCACCUGCAGUGGAACUUCCUCCAGGCCGGUGCCGCCAAGGCCCUGGGACAAGCACUACAGCUCAACAGGAGCCUGACCAGCUUGGAUUUGCAGGAGAAUGCCAUCGGGAAUGAAGGCGCUUCUGCGGUGGCCAGAGCACUGAAAGCAAACACGGCCCUCACUGCUCUCUACCUCCAGGUGGCCUCCAUCGGUGCCCCAGGGGCCCAGGCGCUGGGGGAGGCCCUGGCUGUGAACAAAACCUUGGAGAUUCUCGAUUUACGAGGAAACGCCAUUGGGGUGGCUGGAGCCAAAGCCCUAGCCAAUGCUCUGAAGGUCAACUCCAGUCUUCGAAGGCUCAAUCUUCAAGAGAAUUCCCUGGGGAUGGAUGGGGCAAUAUGCGUGGCCACUGCACUGUCUGGAAACCACAGGCUCCAGCACAUCAAUCUCCAGGGAAAUCACAUCGGGGAAUCUGGUGCCAGGAUGAUCUCAGAGGCUAUCCGGACGAAUGCCCCCACAUGCACUGUUGAAAUGUGA